AUGGAGGUUCCGGGUUCGUCUAAGAAAAUGAUUGCGACCCAGGAGGAGAUGGUGGCGGCGAAGGUGCCGAUCCCUUACCGAGACCAAUGUGCCCAUUUGCUGAUCCCACUCAACAAAUGCCGGCAGGCGGAGUUCUACCUGCCAUGGAAGUGCGAGUCCGAGCGCCACACUUACGAGAAGUGCGAGUACGAGCUCGUCAUGGAACGGAUGCUCCAGAUGCAGAAGAUCCGCGAGCGCGAGGCACAGCUGAAAACCCAAUCCCCUCAUUCGAUUCCCCUGGUUCCCAAGACUGCUAAUGCUUGA